AUGAAGAAGAACGACGACGAUGGGAAGUAUGUCCUUCAGAAUAAUUUGCGCACUUGGUCUGAGUUAAGGAGGGAGAGGGAGAGGGAGCGAGAGAGGGAGCGAGAGAGGGAGCGAGAGAGGGAGCGAGAACAGCUGUCAAAGGGCGAUUCAGGUGCUGUAAUCGGCUCUAGCCUGGAGAUAGAGUCGCCUAUUCCGAUCAGAAGGAAAUGGGGCGGCUGUCCUAACGGGUGCAAUCAUUCGUCAAUGAAGUUUUGGAGAAGACGACCUCAGCGGCAACAAACAAAAGAUAUAUUAGAGGGCAAUGUAUCAACCUAUGGAGGCAGCAAUGAUAUUCAAUCUAUUGCGGUACAGGAUAAACCUGGAUCUUACCUAGAAGUACCCGUCGAUAAAGCCUCUACUACCUAUCCUUACCCCGUCUCUCCUACUUCACAUUCUUCAUCACCAAAUUCGACGCCAUCACACAUCUCUUUGAAUUUACACCUGGACUCCAAUUCCCAACUUGAGUCGUUAUCAGGAGAAUUGAAUAGGGACCAAAUACAAUCUUCCACAUUCACCCAGGACAGAAGGCACUCCAAUAUCUGUCCCUCACACCACCUGGGCGGACGCGACGGCGGCGGCUCCGAAAGUGGCGUAACAAGCCGUGCAACAUCAGAAAAUGAGAACGAUAACGUUGGAAAUGACAAUGAAGCUUAUAUGCGUAUUGCUGCUAGCUUGAAAGGUAGUAGGCAAGGCCAUGUGCAGCACCAAUUGCACAACAAUGACCAGAGGCAAGGAUGUGGAAUCGCGAACUCAUUAGGCGAUCGAGACGACGACGACGACAGCGCAGACCAUUCUGUGGGCAAACAUGGCGUUUUAAUUGAUGACGAUAAUGACGGGAACGACAAUGACAACAACCACAAAAAAUGCCUAUGUGCUGGCGAUGAUCUGGGAGAGGAAGGAGAUGCCUUCUUUGAGAAGGCAAUACAGCAUGAUCGCAGUAUCCAGGGGGCUGUUUAUUAG